AGACGCUUCCCCUGCCUGCGUUGUCAAAAAUGACAAAAAGAAGUGAGCAGAACAGAAACGACAGACUAACCCAUCCAAGCUGCAGUGUUCAGCAAGUUGCAGGACGAGGGAGAUAUUGGACAUGCUAUUCAUUUGUGCAUUGACAUGUCGAGACAGCUUGCUGGUGGGGGCAAUGACUGGACCAGCAGUGUUGUCUGGGGUGAAUGAAUCUAUCCAGCCUCCUAAACAAUGAUUUAUUCCUUGGCGAGGAUUAUUUGUUUACAAUUCAGUGUUUGAAACUACUUUAUUGGGCUUGACCUUGUUGUCAAUUAGUUUCUUUGUCAGAGAGGCACAAACGGAUGUACACGACCGUCACGACAGAUCCCUGCUCGCACAGACUUGAGUGAAUAAAUCUGUUUUCAAGCAGUGUUACUUUCUAUAACUUUACCGUGCUUUGCUCUCAUGGAAGUAGAAUGAUUCGUGUCAGUUCUUGGUCAGGGUUUGGACCUUUGUUUUAUUGCACUAUUUGUCUACGGAGCCUCGGUGGAGAGAGACACUUACUGGAAUAAUGACGUCUAGUAAGCAAGCAGUUUGUUCCCGAUGUCCAAGAACAAUGUCACAUCGAAGAGAGAUGAUUCGGAGAAGCACAGCCACAGAAUCAUUACGCUGGUCACUCAAGAGGAGCCUAGAGGACUGGGAUCGAGAUGAAGACCCCGGAGGAGCCGCCCUACCUGGCAGUGGGCACUGAUGUCAGCGCCAAGUACAGAGGGGCUUUCUGUGAGGCCAAGAUUAAGACUGCCAGGAGACUGGUCAAGGCCAAGGUGACCUUUAAACCAGACCUGACCACAGUGGAGGUCCAUGAUGACAGCAUCCAAGGCCCUCUGAAGGUUGGUGCUGUAGUGGAGGUGAAGAACCCUGAUGGAGUUUACCAGGAAGCCUCCAUCAACAAGCUGACUGACUGCAGUAUAUACACCGUUGUGUUUGAUGAUGGUGAUGAGAAGACCAUGAGGCGUUCCUCUCUCUGCCUGAAAGGAGCGCGUCACUUUGCAGAGAGCGAGACACUUGAUCGUCUCCCUCUCACCAACCCUGAGCACUUCGGCACUCCUGUCAUCGGCAAGAAGGGGAAUCGUGGACGUAGGUCUGACCCAGUUCAGGAGGAGUCGUCGUCUUCGUCGUCCAGUGAAGAGGAGCAGAGUGACGGGAGACAGAAUGAAGAGCUGUAUGGGAAGGUGGUGUGUGUGGAGGGGGGCUCUGCCUCUGCUGGAGACCGGAAGAACAAGACAACUGGAUGGUACCCUGCCCUGGGGCUGAUCAUUUGGAGCCUGGUCUGAUCAUCUGGAGCCUGGGCUGAUCACCUGGAGCCUGGUCUGAUCACCUGGAGCCUGGGCUGCUCAUCUGGAGCCUGGUCUUCUCAUCUGGAGCCUGGGCUGAUCAUCUGGAGCCUGGUCUGAUCAUCUGGAGCCUGGGCUGAUCAUCUGGAGCCUGGUCUUCUCAUCUGGAGCCUGGGCUGAUCAUCUGGAGCCUGGUCUGAUCAUUUGGAGCCUGGGCUGCUCAUCUGGAGCCUGGUCUGAUCAUCUGGAGCCUGGGCUGAUCAUCUGGAGCCUGGUCUUCUCAUCUGGAGCCUGGGCUGCUCAUCUGGAGCCUGGGCUGCUCAUCUGGAGCCUGGGCUGAUCAUCUGGAGCCUGGUCUGAUCACCUGGAGCCUGGGCUGCUCAUCUGGAGCCUGGGCUGAUCAUCUGGAGCCUGGGCUGAUCAUCUGGAGCCUGGGCUGAUCAUCUGGAGCCUGGUCUUCUCAUCUGGAGCCUGGGCUGAUCAUCUGGAGCCUGGGCUGAUCAUCUGGAGCCUGGGCUGAUCAUCUGGAGCCUGGUUUGAUCACCUGGAGCCUGGUCUGAUCACCUGGAGCCUGGGCUGCUUAAGUGUGCAGCUCCCCUUAUUGCCGGCUCAGCAGCCCACAUUUGUAAUUUAACAUUGUUAUCAGGAAGUAUUCCAAAAGCAUGAAAAUCUGCAUAUGUGCUGCCACUCCAUAAGGGUGGAGAAACGCAUGACCUGGACAACUAUCGCCCCAUUUCCACUCCAUAAGGCUGGGGAAACACAUGAUCUGGACAACUAUCGCCCCAUUUCCACUCCAUAAGGCUGGGGAAACACAUGAUCUGGACAACUAUCGCCCCAUUUCAAGACUACCUUGUUUAGCUAAGAUUCUUGAAUCCUUGGUUAAUGUACAACUAAGUUCCUUUUUAUCUGAUAAUUGUAUUUUUAAUAUAAACCAAUCAGGGUUUAGGCCCGGGCAUAGUACUACCACAGCAACCACGCUGGUUGUUAAUGAUCUUGUCGAUGCCUUGGAUGCUAAAAAGAGCUGUGCUGCCUUGUUUAUUGACCUGUCAAAUGCGUUUGACACUGUUGAUCAUUCUGUUUUCAUUCAAGAGUAGGCCUGGGAUAUACAGCCUGUUUAUGGUUUCAGAAUUAUCUUAGCGACAGAACUCAGGCCAUCUUGUCAGACGGGGUUAAAUCUGAAUUUAUUGAGAUUCAAAAAGGUGUUCCUCAGGGUUCUAUUUUGGUUCCAUUAUUGUUCACCUUUUAUAUAUUAGUGACAGAGGAAACACUGUUAAUACUUGUAACAUUCAUCUCUAUGCAAAUGACACAGUUUUGCCUCCUCAGGGGCAGCAGGCCAUUGGUGAACUUCAGCAUGACUUUGAUUCAAUUCAGUAAUCACUUACAGAUCUUAAAUGAGUGUUAAAUAAA